AUUCGAAGCAGUUUCAUCUUAGGUUUCAAGGUCUACUGUCUGUGAUGCAUUAUCGCUAAAAUGGUUUAUGAUUGCGUCCUAAUUUGCAUACUUUUCCUGUCUACAUAUUCGGUAGGAUGUAUUUCAGACCUAUCCAAAAAUAGAAUCAUUCAACAUGAACUAAUUCCUGAUUAUUUGUUUUCAAAAUUCAAAAAUCGUACCGUAGAAACCAAUUUGAGAGAUAUUUUUGAACAAAUAAAUAUUAUUCGUACUGUAGGCAGUCCUGGUCAUUUAAAAGUUAGACAGUUUAUUACACGCUAUUUAGAAGAACAUGGUUGGAAAAUUGAGCUGGAUACUUUUGAAGAAGAUACAAUAAUUGGUCAAAAAAUAUUUCACAAUAUUAUUGGAUAUAAAGAUCCUUUGAAAUAUUCAAAAUUUUUAAUUUUGGCCUGUCAUUAUGAUUCAAAAAUGAUUACAAACUUUGUUGGUUCAACAGAUUCAGCAAUGCCUUGUUCAAUUAUCUUAAAAAUUAUUGAUUCAAUAAAUGAUGGGAUCAAUUCUUUACAGAAUUUCAACAUUGGUCUAAAGGUUGUCUUUUUUGACGGAGAAGAAGCCUUUCAAGAGUGGACAGAUACUGACAGUUUGUAUGGAUCACGACAUUUAGCCUCAAAAUGGGAUAAGAAAUCAUUACCGUCAGGUCAAACAGAAUUGAGUAAAAUUGAUCUUCUGGUCCUAUUGGACUUACUUGGUGCAAAACAUCCUCAAAUACCAAACUAUCAUUAUGAAAAAAGAGGGAAUUAUAACUUGCUUACUCUUUUAGAAAUGAAAAUGAGAUCUACAAAUCUAUUGAAAUCUACUGGACCAAAAAAUAAUUUCUACUUUGAAGGUGAAUUCAACCAUAAAAUUUCAGAUGAUCAUAUACCAUUUACUAAAAAAGGUGUUCCUGCACUUCAUUUGAUUCCAAUUCCAUUUCCUAAAGUAUGGCAUACAACAGGAGAUAAUGCAUCAGUUAUACACUGGGACACAUGUGUUGAUCUGCUGUUUCUUGUUGAGGCAUUUGUAAGAAGUUAUCUACACAUUUUACUGUGAUGAAUGUACAGUAUAAUUUCAUGGAUGGAUGGAAGGAGAAGUGAUCGCGGUCAUUCAUUCAUUCAUUCAUUCAUUCAUCCAUAACAAUACACUUAUGGUGCAAUCAACGAUUUCGAUUACUUGUAUACACAGAUCGUGUCUAGAAAUGCUGUUUCACUGUACAACCUUUUAUAUUGUCCACAUGAUUGAAAUGAUUUGUCCGAAUUCCUUUCAAGUGGAUUCUUUAUGUGAGUGUGUGUGUGUGUGUGUGAGUGAGUGAGUGAGUGAGUUGGGGAGUUUGUAGAGAAUAAAUAAACAGUGAAGAAUUAAUUUGCUUGUAUCGUUUUA